AUGGAAGGGCAGUGGGCGGAUCGGUCACAUUGGGGCGAUUGGUUCCCUGUUCGGGAGCGGAUUCUUCAGGAUGCGGAAUUGAGUGAUGAUACGCUGUUGCUGGUUGAUAUUAGUGCUGGGAAGGGUCAUGAUCUGCUGGAGUUUAAGGAGAUGUUUCCGGAUCUGCUGGGGAGGUUGGUUCUGGAGGAUUUGGGGUCUGUUGUUAAGGCUAUGGGGAGGGAUGAGAGGUUUGCUGAGAACGGGAUUCAGAUGGUGUCGUUUGAUUUUUUUAAGGAGAUCCAGCCAGUUAAAGAUGCAAGGGUUUAUUACUUCAAGUUCGUGUUGCAUGAUUGGCCGGACGAAGAGGUAAAAGUCAUUCUGAAUAAUCUCAAGCCUGCCAUGAAGCCAGGUUAA